GAGGAGGAGGAGGAGAAGGACGAGGAGGAAGGUGAGGAGCUGGAAGGCAACAUCUUUUGCCCUCCCGUGCUGUAUUACAGCCGCGAGCCUGCUGAGCCUCACCCGCCACCAGCAGCCGCAGGGCAAUGGCAGCACGUCGGGUGCUGGAGACCACAGGAGAAAGACAAGGGUCAGAGCCCCCCACGGCCCAGUGCUGGGCCCUCCUUGAUGCACCCUGCCAGCCCUCGACAGCUCCACCACACUCUGGGGCAGCUGCCUCUGCUCAGUGCCUUGCUGGCAGAGCUGUCUGUGCUCACCCACGGCACCAUGCCUGCUGCUGUACACCCCCAUCUUGCCUGGCUCUACCAGGCCCCGGAGAGUGGUGGCAUGGCCUCACGGCCCCCCAGCCCCAGCCGCUCUUCUGCCCUCCAGCCUGCUGAGGCACCUGUGAGGCCUGGUGGGAGCGGGGGAGCUGCCAGCCCUCAAUUAAAGCAAGGCCGGCAAAAGGCCACCUCACCAGGGUUGUCUUGUUCUGGGAGAGGACCUAGGAAAGCUGUACCUCAGGGUGAAAAAGACUCUAAAAGUAACUGCAAAACUAAGGAAAACAAGCCUCCCAGAAAGAAAUUGUUGUAUGGGCUGACGAAUACACUGAGGCUACGGCUACAGCAGACCAAUCCUGAUAAGCUGGUAAUUCAUGAACGGAGAGAGCAGUACAGGAAAAAGCAAAUGGGGAUGCUGAAGGAGAGAAGUCCUUUGUCCAAAAGAAAGCUGCUCAGAAACGCUGGCGAACAGCAUGUGGUUUUUUGCAGGCAUUGUAGCAAGGCAGGCAGUUCAAAGCAGAAUAAUCAGUUAGAUAAAACUGUUGAGACUUCAUUACAAAACAGGGCUCUGACAGAGUACGUUCCCAUGACAGGAGCUGUGUCCCCUGACCUGCAGAAACAGCCUAUUGCAAGUCAAUUCAAGGAUGAGGAAAUAGCAAGCAAGGAAUGUCCACGCAAAGUAAUUACAACCCCCUUAUUGGAGAAAACUGCAUUAAAAUCUGCUCACGAGAAUUAUGUGAAAGCCCAACUCCCAGCAGCUUUCCCAUCAGAUGCUAAUGCUAAGGGAAGUAAUGAGGGAGCAGUACAGUUAAUCCAUCGUAAAACCUCGGAGCAUGAUGAUGCGUCUUGUGUAAGUGAUCAGAAACCAAGCCCCAGCAGGAGUGUGGAAAACAACUCUGAAUUCAUAUACUCAGAUGACUUUGUUGCUAGUCUCGAGGACACAGUUUAUUCAGAAGAUUUCACCAGUGCUGAGUGCACGGGCAGAGACUCGGAAGCUCUGGACAGCAGUCCUGAACCUCUGUGGCUUGAAAGCCCAAAGCGAGGUUGCUCAGAUACAGAGCCGGAAUCCAGCAGGUCCAGAAUUUCAAAGACAAGUCAAAGAGCUGAAAGUACAUCAGAUCUUAUGCCAAUUCCUUCAGCUUCAUCUCCAGUCCAGUCUUUGAAGAGAAACUGUGACUUGAAAUCCAGCAAGAGAACUAGCGGUGAAUCUGUUGAUUCACUUAACCUUGCUCAAAUGGCAGCAUCGUCAUUAGAUGAAGAGCAAGAAGCCCAACAGAUCAGGAAGGAAGAGAACAGGGGUGAUCAGCAUAUUAAACAAGUAUCUGCACUGAGAAGCAAACAAGUUAGCUCUGAUACGGAUCUGAGUGUAGGAAAGGGGCAGACCUCUGCAGGAAAAAGCCAGUCAGUAAAUCAGGUUAGCUCUUACUUGCCAUCUAACACGUCUGACCUUGAACUUAGUGUCCUGGAAAACACUAUGUCAGACAAAGAGGAUGAUUUUCUGGGAAAACUACUUGUUCCUAAUCAAUACAAAGACAUCAGUGAACUUGUAGUAAACAAGCUUCCAGGAUACACAGUGUAA